AUGUCGCAGUGGACGGGUGAACAACGUGCGUUCGCAAUCGAAGCUUAUUUUAAAGCAAACGAUUCCUGUGCUAUUGCUCGUCGAAGAUUUUGUUCGCGGUACAAUAUCCGACGGUUACGUGAUGCGCCAAGCGAAAAUUUGAUUCGAUUGUGGGUGCGGAGGUUCAGAAAAACAAGUUCAGCAGCAAAUAAUCCGCGGCCGGGAUCCAGCAGAACGUCGAGGACUGAUGACAACAUCGAACUUGUCGCAAACAGUUUACGCGAUAACCCGCGACAGUCCGUGCGUAAGAGAGCGGCUGCUCUAGGGCUCCCAAAAACGAUUGUGCACGAAAUAUUGAAAAAGGACCUUAAACUUCACCCCUUUAAAAUUCAAAUUGUGCAAGCGCUUAAGCCUAAUGAUUACAAUUGGCGCAAAAGUUUCUGCGAAACAAUGUUGCAGCGAUUUCGUACAGUGAACACAAUCUUUUGGAGCGAUGAAGCCCAUUUUCAUUUAAAUGGAAGUGUAAAUAAACAGAACUGCCGUUAUUGGUCACCUAAAGGACAGAACCCGCGAUUGAAACAUCAACAGCCACUUCACAGUCCCAAAGUGACGGUUUGGUGUGCAUUGUCAAGCAGAGGAAUAAUCGGACCCUAUUUUUUUGAAAAUCGUCAAGGACAAGCCAUUACUGUAACCGGCGUUUCUUAUCGGCGAAUGCUUAACGAUUUUUUCCUGCCAAUAUUAAGAGAACAUCCUGCCUACAGUUCACAGACAUGGUUUCAGCAAGAUGGCGCCACGCCUCACACUGCUAGAGAGACCAUGGCGCUUCUUCGUGAUUUGUUCCCUAACAAAUUGAUAAGCCGUUUUGCUGACAUCCCCUGGCCACCCAGGUCGCCGGAUCUUACCCCCAUGGACUUUUUUCUGUGGGGGUACCUCAAAAGUAAAGUUUAUGAAACCGCCCCACCGACCAUCUCAGCAUUAAAAGAAAAUAUCGUUCGCGAGGUUAAUGGCAUCCCGACGUCCCUUCUCCAGCGAGUGGCGCGCAAUACUGAAGCCAGAUUCCAAGAGUGUGUCCGACGUGAUGGUCAACAUUUAGACGAAAUAAUUUUUAAGAAAUAA